AGUGAAGUCCAGACACCUUUCGACUGCGAUUCACUCUUGACUGCCCCUGAAGAGAAGCCGAAGCAGAAGUCAUGAUGUGGAGCUCAGCAGCCCUCAUUGUUGUCCUGGCGCUGGCCACGGCCUGCUCCGCCGCACGCCCAGGAGGGCCCAUUGUUGGAGCCCCAACAGGCGUGAACGUCAACACUCCAGAGGUGCGGGAGGCUUUGAAAUUCGCAGUCGAAGAAUUCAACACCAUGGUCAACGGCGAGUACAUCUUCAAGGUUGGAAGGGUGAUCAAGGCUCAGACCCAGAUUGUCGAAGGCAUCAUGUACCGUUUUGAAGUGGAAAUGGCCGGGACUAACUGCAGAAAGGGAACAGAGGUGACACCCACCUGUGACAACGCAGAGCCCGCAUCAAGGCCCUACACAUGCAACUUUGAGGUCUGGAGUCGCCCCUGGCUGGGCCAGCCCAUUGUCUACAAGGCAUUCUGUAAGCAGUAACGCUCUACAGACAUGCCAUGAGGAAGACCUAAAGACCAACAGCUUGACCAUUUCAAACUUGAAAAGGAUCUGGGUGUGAAGACGUAUUUGCUUUUGAAUUAACCGUAGGGCUCCUAAAUACACCGUGGACGCAUCCUAUGGGAGGCUUUACUGUGUGUAAUAGCCAUAAUAACCGUUUGACAUUUCAAAUGUUUCAAUAGCAUUUUGACUGUAAGCUCUUGGACCUUUUGCUUCAAAUAAAUUCUUAGCAUUAUGAA